AAAUUUUUCCCUGUCUGAUUUUUGGAUUUCUUUUUAAACUCAUGAAAAAUGGCAACAGCAGCCUACGUGGAUCAUUUUGCAGCCGAGUGCCUUGUUUCUAUGUCCAGUCGUGCUAUUAUCCAUAGCCCCAAAGGGGAGUCCGAUUCUCAACCUGAUGCAGCAGAACUGCCUUCCUCCAAUGGAGACGAUACGCGUGAAGCCAGGGAGCCUGGGAAGGACAAUGGAUCCUCACUACUUGUGGUAGCCAGCAUUCUGGCAGAUCUGAACCAGCACGUCCCAAACUCACCUGCUCUUCGGACAGAAAAACCAGAGACCUUUGAUAUCACAGAACAAAUACACAUUUCUAUUGCUCCUACGGAGUUUGGGGAAGAAAGUGUGUCCUCGGCUGGUAAGCGUGGAGGAGGAAAAGCAGCCACACCUACUGCCCUGGCUGCAGUAACCGAGUCAAGUCCCAGACAAAAGAACAAGCGUGGGAGAAGCUGGACUGACCCCGGAUCACCCCAGAAAAAGCACAAAUGCCACUAUGUGGGGUGUGAAAAAGUUUAUGGCAAAUCUUCCCAUCUUAAAGCUCAUCUAAGGACCCACACAGGCGAGCGGCCCUUCGAGUGCAGCUGGCAGGGCUGCAACAAGAAGUUUGCGCGCUCCGACGAGCUGGCCCGCCACUACCGCACGCACACCGGUGAGAAGAGGUUCGGCUGCCCGCUCUGCGAGAAGCGCUUCAUGCGCAGCGACCACCUGACGAAGCACGCGCGGCGCCACGCCGACUUCCAGCCCGGCAUGCUGCCGCGCCGCGGAGGCAGCGGCUCCCGCACCGGCUCCCUCAGCGACUACAGCCGCUCGGACGCCUCCAGCCCCACCACCAGCCCCGCCAGCUCCCCGUAG